AUGGCAACUGAAUUUAAUAAAUUAAACAUCUCUGAUAAAGAUACUAAUGCAAUAAACUCCAAAAAUUGCUCGUUUUGCAACAAACCUUUUGCUAAAAAAUUAUGGUUUAAAGAAUGUAUUGAUUCUUUAGAAAAAUUAGCAGAAAUGGUUCAAAUUCACCGUCUUGAAGACAUAGUAGUUGGUCUCAAGAACCCAUUCAACAAACCCUUAGCACUCGUUGCACCCGAAAAACAAUCUGUUAUCGGAAAAAACUUUACGCGGAAUCACGUGACUUCUAAUGACUGGGUGCAACGACUGCAACGUCGUCAUCCCUCUUCCGGACCUCCAUUUUUGUCUAAUAUAAAGGUAUGUCGAACUGUUUUCAUAAAGCUAAAGAGAGUGGACUUUGCCUGCCCUCUUUCUGGUGAAGGUGAACAAGUGGAUGCAAUGAUCAAGGAAGUUAUGGCAACCUUUGUUGAGGUCUACUGUUCCACAAUGAGGAAUAGUUAUGUACCUUCCUCAACUUUGACUCAUGCAAUUGAUUUGUUCUCAUUGAGGGAUUUUGGAUUCAGAGAACUGGAAGCACUUCGUGGCCACAAAUUUGACCGGUCAAAAGCUUUGCAAAAAAAAAAUAUUGUUUUCUUAUUCGGUGAUGACGAACAAACUGAUGAUAAAGGCUUUCAAGAUAGUAAUAAAGAAAAAACUGAAGAAUCUCAGAAUAAAUUUAUUAAGGUUCAAGGAAGGAAGAUGCACGAAUUUAAAAAAUGGUUGAUUGGGAAAGAUAUUAGAAAGAUCGAAGAGAGAAAAGAUCAUUGGUUAAAUAAUGAAGAAACGGAUUCAGAUGAUGAUGAAAUUAUCAAUGAAGAAUUACAAUUUGUAAAAAAUUAUGAAAAACCACACUCUGAUCGUUCUUUGAAUGAAUUAUUAGAGGAUUGUUCAAUUUGGAAAAUGUCAAAAAAAGAAAAACAAAAACUUCAUGAUUAUUGGCAUGCAGAACUUGAUGAAGAAAUAUUAUUGAAUUUACAAACUGUGCAUGAAGGACGUCGUCAAGAGUUGAAUGAUAUUUAUGAUGAAGCGCAAGCUGAUGAAGUUUUAGAAGCUCAUAUUCUUAGUGCGUUAACUCCUUCUACUCAACAUUUAAUAUUAAUAGGGGAUCACAAUCAACUUCGACCUAGUGUUUCAACAUAUUCUCUUAGUAUGGAAUCACAAAUAGGAGAAUAUUAUCAAUUAGAUAAAUCAUUAUUUGAAAGAUUUAUUGAUGGUAAUAAUGCAAUUACAAUUGAAAGAACUCGACUGUUAAUUCAGAGACGUAUGAGAAAUGAAAUUUCUGAUUUAAUCAGACAUACAAUUUAUGAAGCUUUAAUAGAUGGAGAAAACACUGCUAAAUAUCCAAAUAUAUGUGGAGCUCAGCAUAUAAAUGUAUAUUUUAUCGAUCAUAAUCACCCAGAAGAUAAUAUAGCAGCAGUGCUUACUCCUUAUUCAGGACAAUUGAUCAAAAUCAAGGAUGCUUUAUCUAAAUCAUUUUCCGUUAAAAUUGAUGAGAGAGAUGCAGAAAAUAUUGCUGAUAUGGAGGGAGAAGAAAAUAAUACUUCAAAACCAUUAAAUCAACGAGUUACUUUAAGGACUGUUGAUAACUUUCAGGGUGAAGAAGCAAAAAUAGUUAUCAUUUCAUUAGUUCGUAAUUGUUCUGUAUCAGCUUUGACCCUUCACUUUGGAUCAGUAUUGGUAUCGGCUUCAACUUUUCAAUUUGAAUCACCAACUAGAGCAUUUUGUUACGCCGCCACCGGACGAUAUGAUGAUGAAACUGCUAGUGAUGAUGAUUCGGAAGAUAACUCAAUGGUAAAAUCCUAUCAGAAAAACCUAGAUUGUAUUUUUCAAGGAAAAUUUUAUGGUAUGAAUGUGCCGUAUAGUGAUCAUCUCACGUUAAAAUAA